AAAGUGUUUCUGAAGUGAACAUCAGAAAUCAGUGAUGAGAGUUACUUUCAGUUCCACACUUUAUAUUAAAACGAGAAGAACUGUGUGGUGAGGGGGGCCGUGGUUCAGCGAGGUCUGCAGCAGGAGAAAGCGUCAGGAGAGUCUUGGUAAGUGAGCUGGUUAAAUGUAAAUCACGAACACCUGUUUCUCAUUCCAGUAAUUGGUGCAGAGACAGGAUAAAAUGCCGCGAGAAGCAGGAGUGUGUGAGAGAGAGGGGAACUGCUGACUGAGACGCUGGUCAUGACAGCGAUACUGGAGCGAAGCCCGUUGGGAAUUGUGUAUACCAAGACUGGAGUGAAGCCCUUUGUGGAUUAUUUAUUUUGUUGUUGUGCGAUGCACAGUCUUUCUGUUGAACAGUUUUGAGUGGUUGAAUAAAGCUCAGUCAGCAGACAAUCGCCAACUCCGUCCUCUUCCUUCCAGACGAACUUUGAUCUUACUACACUGGUGCCGAAACCCGGGAAGGAAGACUGGUGGCCGCUGCCAUGCAAUCCUCGUCUCCCACCACGUUUGCGGACAUCAUCACCUCCCUCGCGGAUCUGAGGAGCGACCAGGAACGCUGUUUCCAGACUAUUUUGCAGACCCAGCAGGAGGACCGCGAGAGGUUCCGGAGCUGGAUCAACCGGGAGGAUCGCACGGAGACCGUUGGGCAGCCAGCUGUGCCUACCCACCUACCCCUGAAUAAAAUGGGGCCCCUGGACGACCCCGAAAUCUUCCUCGACCUGUUUGAACUUUCCGCUGAGGCGAGUGGGUGGCCGCGGGACCAGUGGUUGAUGAGAUUGGUCCCGCUGCUCUCGGGGGAAUCACAGGUGGCAGCACAGCAGCUGCCAGUACAGAACCUCCUGGUCUUCGACGACCUUCGGCGGGCCAUUAUCCAGCGGGUCGGUCGGACCCCGGAACAGCACAGACAGCGCUUCCGCUCCCUGGAGGUGGGUGAAUCGGGCCGGCCCUUCGUGAUGGCCCAACAGCUCCGGGACUCGUGCCGCAAAUGGCUGCUGGCGGAGGGAAGCGACGUGGACCAGGUUAUCGAUCGUGUGGUGCUGGAGCAGUUCAUCACGUGGCUCCCAAAGAAAAUCGCAGAGUGGGUCCAGUGUCACCGCCCCACGUCGCUAGACUCAGCUAUCCAGCUGGCGGAGGACCACAUGGUGGCGUGCCAAGGGGUUGGCGACCCCCUACCAUCUACCUCUCUCUCUCCCCCUCUAUUUUCCCCCGCUCUCUCCAGGCCUGUCCCUCUCCCCAGGUCUCGUCCGCCCGGCCCGCCUUGUGUUCUGCCCCAGGGGCGGGGUGGAACUGUGCAGGGACAGCUUUAUGGACCUAGAGCCGUGCCCAGGGGGGCGGGUCUCCCUGCUGCCGGGCCGGAUCCCACUCCUGCUUCUUCCCUCUCUCCGCGCCAACCAUUUAACCCGCUCUCUGCCACAAGAGCGGCGGGCAGGUCUGGGCCGGCCUGUUGGCGUUGCGGGGACUCGGAGCAUUUUGUGGAUAGGUGUCCGGUUAUGGAGGUCGGGACAAUGAUCCAGGUCCCGGACGUCCCGCAGGCUGCCCCUGGUCAAGCUGGCGAGUACCAAAUACCUAAUGACGCGUCGAACAGGGGGCUGGGCACUGUCCUGUCCCAGGAGAUAGAGGGGGAGGAAUGGCCGGUGUUGUACAUUAGCCGUAAGCUCUCUAAGAGAGAAGCUAAGUACAGCACCGUGGAAAAAGAGUGUUUGGCCAUCAGAAACCACACACACUUACACACAAACUGUAUCAAACCCAAACUGCUGGAUUAUUGGAAUAAAUCAAUGCUUGAGAACAGAAGCUGUCUUGAACUUUUGCCUAUAAACCUUCUGAUCGAGGUUGAGGAUUAG